CUCCAAACACUGAAGCUCGAGGGCAACCAGUUGAUCGAGUUUCCUAUUGAACUGCUGAGUUUAUCUAAGCUGAAUGGCGUGUACUUGGCCAACAAUAAGAUAAAAAAUAUACCAGAGGGCACUCCCGCUAUGGUUAAUCUCAUUGAACUGAGUCUAGAAAACAAUCAAGUAGCCAGUAUCAGCCCUGACCUCUCCAAGUGUCCGAGGUUAAAGACCGUCAAACUGAGCAAUAACAAAUUAAAGUUCACCAAUAUCCCUGAGAAUCUAUUCGUGGAUAGCAUAUUCCAGCUGUUCUCAUUGGACGGCAAUGCGGUUGAGCAGAAGAGCCUGAGGGAUCUGCCAGGGUAUACAGAGGUACGGUGUCGUAAUUAG